ACUAUUUAACAAUGACUUAUUUAUCUAUUUUCAGAUACAUAUAAAUGGCUCGUCAGAUAAGUACCUCAGUUUCAGACCUGAUCCUGGCUUGUUCAGCACUUUAUGUAACUUUGUCAUUGUUCCAAGAUGGCUACGUAUUUGCUGCUUCCGGUUUACUGAUACAAGGGACAGCUGCAGGUGUUGGCGUGGUUAGAUUUGCCAUGAGGCGUCCAGAAUCUAGCCCUGUUUUUAGAGCUCAUAAACUUUUAUCAUGGUUAGCUGCGACAGCUGGAAUGGGACUUAUUGCUUACCAGUUUUGUACAAGUUAUCAAGUUCUUCUGAUGAGCUAUAUCAUUAUAUCAUUUUCUGGACUAGUCACUUUAACUUCACAAUUUAUGGAUGCUAAAAAUAAGCAGCUGUUUGUUCAAGCUAGUAGUGGACUGGCAUUGCUAACUGUUUUAAUUUUAUCAUUGCUAGAAUGGAAUGUGUAUGGAAUAUCAGCUGCAUUGACAUACAUUAUAUCUGGGGCUGUUUUUGGAAGUGAUGGCGUUAUAUUUGGAGUUCAAAGAGUAGAUUUACUGCAUUAUGGACUGGUAGCCGGAAAUAUAUUCUUUUUGUUUUCAUUAAGUUGAAGAAAAAAAUGAAGCCACAAAACACUAAGUGCUUGAUGAUUAUAAUGUUGUAAAUAAAAGUACAUCUACAGCUAGUUUUCACAGUA